AUGGCGAAUUCGACAGAGAAGGAAUCUUUGAGUGUAAACGAUCAGCCAAUAUCGAUCUUUCUGGAGUUUGCAGACUUGGCGACAUUUAAGACAGUAUUUCAAGGGUUUGGUGUGGAGAAGUUCGACCAUUUAAAUGAUGUACAAGAUGAUGAUUUACUCAAGUUUGGUAUGUAUGUGGAAUUGUGGAUUUAUAGUGGAUAUAUUUUAUAUAUAUUUUCGAAACUUUCUAUAUCAUUCAUUCUUUCUGAUCACAGUGCGUCUUUUUAUUCACAGGCCUAUCUAAUAUUGAGAUCAGGCGAUUUACUCAGAAAGUGGCAGACUUCAGAUCACAGCAUGCUAUAAAGGGAGUUGCAGUGGAGAAUACUUCAAGUGCUGCAGGAGCAUGUGAACCUGUCACGAAACAGCAGUCUACAGUAUUAAUGGGACCAUUAAAACCUUAUUGA